GAUUUCGUAAUAGUAGUACCAAUGGGUUUGUAGUUGCAAACUAGGCCUUGAGAUGUGACACCGCAGCCUUUGAUUCCUCUUAAUUUGAUAUAGAGAGCCCUAACGUUGGCAAGGCUCUUGAAUCACCAAAACCAGAGUAAAGCACUCGAGAGAUGACUAUUAAAACCGAAUCUAUAAUGGCGAUAUGUUGUUAUUGCAUUCGAACUGUGUUGUUGUGUAAAUACUUAACGGAAGUAUAAUUAGUUCAGGACUGUAAUAUCUAUUAGGUAUGGUAAAAAUGAUCCUUACGAAUCACAACGACCUGCACCCAUCAGGCGCAGAACAAUAUACCCUUCCUCUCCGCACAUGGGAGCAGGGAAGACAACCAGCAACAGUGACUUUAAAUCAACUUCAGGUAGUGAUCUAAUGAAUACUACAUAUCCGUUUAUCUGAAUAAAAAUCCUAAUAGAAAUCGCAUAGAUAUGUUUAAUGAGGUUUACAAAAAAUGUUCCAUCUAUUUAGAUUUAAUGUGAAGAAAAUUUGAAUUUACGGCUGAAACAUUAUUGUUGUUGCCGUCUGACAUCAAAAACAGAUAAGUAACGAACCCGAUAGGAUAAAAUAUAGGCUUUUAGAAGGUCGCGGCGAUACACGUGGCCCAACGGCGGCCUAUACGUGGAUAGAGUUUGAAUUCAACCGGCCACCUUUGCAUGCGUGCGUUGAUCUGACACGUAGGACUCACGUUACGUGCUUGACCGCGUCAACGAUUCGAUGAACAUCACAAGGAUAAACGCGUACUGUUGUAGUAUGCAGUACGUCGACGUACGUACACAAAAAAAUUCUACGCUUUCGGAUUGAGCGCAUAUCAGGAAGCGGCUGAAAGACGAAUGUCUAUUUAAGAACCUACCUACUAGCUCUAGAGCGUAAACAAAAAGACAGAGGUGUUGCUGUUGUUAUUGGAUUAGUGAAGCGUCAGUGCAGAAUCGGUUCUAUUGCAAAUAUGCUUACCCCACUACAAAUGUGUUUAAAGUUGACAAAAGUUACACCGAACAUUGUAAAUAAAGUUGAAAUCGCAAGUUGACAGAAUUGCACUGCAUCGUAUGUAGACUUUACUACAUAAACGGACAGUUACUACUUAUCAUCCAAAUAUAAACCGUAUUAAUUUAGAGAUAUGCCGAAAUGUUCUAUAAACAUUUAUUUUGUAUCAACACCUAUCUGCUUGCUACUGUUCUUAAGAUGACGUCCACAACCAUUUUUGAGAGCAUAUGUCUAAAUGGAUAAUUUAAAUCUAUUGUCGUAAAACGGCUACUUAAGUCUUGUGUUUAUUGAUGUGAUAUUCUACAGUAUUUGUACGGAAGCGUAAGAGACGCGAAUUUGUAGGCCAAACGUGAAACUACAAAGCUGACUUAACGAUAGUGGUGCAACGAAUGACUGGGUGAUGUUGGUGAUGUUUUCGAAGACAUUGUACCCUAUCCAACAACUUUUGCCAUUUUAACAACCGUUUAAAGAAGCAUUUUGUUUGUGCAUUAGUUCGUUUCGACCUUUUGUCUUACACGUAGAUUUUGGGCAACUUGAAAUGAGAGCAAACUCUUUACUGAAAUGUAAGGAACGCUUUUUUUCUAACUAAAUAGUAAAAAAAAAUUCUCAAAUACAACGUUUAUCCUCACAAUACAAGGAUUGUCUAAACCCAGUAAGAGCGUUUGGUGAAUUAACAGACUGUUAAUAGUAAAAAAAAAAUUAAUGAAGAUGUAAAAACACUCGACUUUGCAAGUAUAUCCUCUACUUUGAUGUGCUACGCAGAACAUUGACGCUUAACAGAGCGGCAAUUGCCGACUAUUUGGAGAAAUAUCUUUGUUUUCUGCUAGAGGGCGCAGCGCAAUCGUGGCUCCACUUGUACUGUUACAUUUAGCAUCGAGCGAGGCAGGUGAACUGGAGCGUCCUGCUCACCGAGCAAAUCAGAGAGCAGACCCGACGUGUUACCCCCUUCUCUUUGUCGAGGUUGCACCGGUUCAUCUACGGGGGCGAGGGGAAUGCCCUCGAUCAGUGACUGCGUAUAUAACUGUGCUAUCCUGCAGACAACUUUUACUUCAUCCGUCGGUGUUACUGCGCAUGAGUGACAGGUACGGGCGCAUACUUCGCUGCAAAAUAAUGGCGGCUUUUCAGAGUGAAGAUCUAGUUAAGCUGGUGAAAGACAACCCGUGUUUGUACAAUAGACGACAUGUGCACUACCGUAACAAUGAAGCUAAAACUGAAUCUUGGAACCAAAUUGGAAGCUAUUUUGGUCUGUCCGGUCGAGACGUCAUGAAAAAGUGGACCAGCAUUCGUGAUCGAUAUAAGCGAACGCUUAACAAGGUCAAUGUCUCGAUAGCAUUAGGCACCCAUUAUGAUCACAAAUGGAAACUGUAUGACACUCUCAAUGAAAUGCUGUUCGAGAACUAUGAAGCGCAAGUUGGUCCUGUUCCAGCGCCCCAUACGCAGGAUAGCAUAACUCUCGCUGAGAGCACCCCUUCACCGCCAUCUUCAGUAUCGCUCGAUGGGCUUUCGCUGUCCCCCAAUACGAGCGGCUCUUCGCCACGUCCUGAAGUCAUUGUCUUCUCCGACGCAGCUCAACUACGUUCCAUCGUAUCACCGACAUUCGUUGCGACUACGGGAUUCGAUGAGGUCAAGGAGAACAGGGAAAACUUGCCACGCCCUCAACAAAAACGAAAGAUCUGUUCGUCUACCGACAGCUCCGAGGACAGCUACGUUGAUAACCUUGUUAAGCUGUUCGGUAUAGAUUUGGGCAGGAGAAUACGAGCGAUGCCUGCCGACCAGCAGAUGCAGGCUAUUAAUAUUGUACAUCAAAGUCUCGUCCAAUGUGAGAUGGACUUUCUCGCCAAAAAAUCUAGAAACAAUCUAGCGGAGAAUGACGAGACUGUUCUACCAGACGUCAGUACGGAUAAAGAAACUAGAAACGAACUCCAAGCAUAGACUGGGCAAUCGUUUCAAUGUGAUAAUCUUCAUGGUUGGACUCGUCUGAGUCAGUUUUAAUCAUGACGUGAUCCGGUGCACACAGCUGGAAUACUCUCCAUAGAGGAAAACAAUACAAGCUUCACUGCCAAGAUUUAAUGUCACAGUGUGUAUGGCGUCAUCCUUCUUGUAUAACCUGAACAUUCAAUUGAACAAUUUUAUUGUUAAAAGAUGCUCUGCCGACACAGAGUGUGCCACUGUGUAUUUUAGCUGCUCUAUCAGCCAUAGUAUCUCAAUUUACGAAACGAAUCAGUAAUAAAUAACUUUCUUUAUUCACACAAUAAUUAUACAAUGACAAUGAUUUAAUGAGACAAUAAAA